CAGAAGUGCCUGCGCCUGGACCCGACCGCGCCCGUGUGGGCCGCCAAGCAGCGCGUGCUCUGCGCCCUCAACCACAGCUUGCAGGACGCACUCAACUACGGGCUCUUCCAGCCGCCUUCGCGGGGCCGCGCCGGCAAGUUCCUGGACGAAGAGCGGCUGCUGCAGGACUACCCGCCCAACCUGGACACGCCCCUGCCCUACCUGGAGUUUCGAUACAAGCGGCGAGUUUAUGCCCAGAACCUCAUUGAUGACAAGCAGUUUGCAAAGCUGCACACGAAGGCGAACCUAAAGAAGUUCAUGGACUAUGUCCAACUGCACAGCACAGACAAGGUGGCCCGCCUGCUGGACAAGGGGCUGGAUCCCAAUUUCCAUGACCCUGACUCAGGAGAGUGCCCUCUGAGCCUCGCAGCCCAGCUAGAUAAUGCCUCGGAUCUGCUGAAAGUGCUGAGGAAUGGUGGCGCCCACCUGGACUUCCGCACCCGGGAUGGGCUAACUGCUGUGCACUGUGCUACCCGGCAGCGGAAUGCGGGGGCUCUGACGACGCUGCUGGACCUGGGGGCUUCACCUGACUACAAGGAUAGCCGCGGCCUGACACCUCUGUACCACAGUGCCCUGGGGGGCGGGGAUGCCCUGUGCUGCGAACUGCUUCUCCACGACCAUGCACAGCUGGGGACUACUGAUGAGAAUGGCUGGCAGGAGAUCCACCAGGCCUGCCGCUUUGGGCAUGUGCAGCACCUGGAGCAUCUGCUGUUCUACGGAGCUAACAUGGGUGCCCAGAACGCCUCAGGGAACACUGCCCUGCACAUCUGUGCCCUCUACAACCAGGAGAGCUGUGCACGUGUCCUGCUUUUCCGAGGAGCCAACAAGGAUGUCCGCAAUUACAACAGCCAGACAGCCUUCCAGGUGGCCAUCAUCGCAGGCAACUUCGAGCUGGCUGAGGUCAUCAAGACCCACAAAGACUCGGAUGUUGUUCCAUUCAGGGAAACCCCCAGCUAUGCGAAGCGGCGGCGCCUGGCUGGCCCCAGUGGCUUGGCAUCCCCUCGGCCUCUGCAGCGCUCAGCCAGUGAUAUCAACCUGAAGGGUGAGGCACAGCCAGCAGCUUCUCCUGGGCCCUCGCUUCGAAGUCUUCCCCACCAGUUGUUGCUCCAGCGGCUGCAGGAAGAGAAGGAUCGUGACCGGGAUGGUGACCAGGAGAAUGCUGGUGGCCCUUCAGCAGGCAGGGGAAGCCAGAGCAAGAUCAGGUGCCUGGUAGGCCAGAUGUGGGUGAUGGGAAAAGCUGGGAGGCUGUGGGAAGGGAAGGGAAGCAAGGGUGAAGGGUGUGGGCAGAAUGUGAGCCUGCCGUGGUGGGGAGGCAGGGGCUUCUGGCUCUGCCCUUUCCUGAUAGCCUGCCUGGCUUCUGUCCCUCCAGUGCUCAGCAUCGGGGAGGGUGGAUUCUGGGAAGGAACCGUGAAGGGCCGCACGGGCUGGUUCCCCGCUGACUGUGUGGAAGAGGUACAGAUGCGACAGUAUGACACCCGGCAUGAAACCCGGGAGGACCGGACGAAGCGGCUCUUCCGCCACUACACGGUGGGCUCCUAUGACAGCCUCACUUCACACAGCGAUUAUGUCAUCGAUGACAAGGUGGCUGUCCUGCAGAAACGGGACCACGAGGGCUUCGGCUUCGUGCUCAGGGGUGCCAAAGCGGAGACCCCCAUCGAAGAGUUCACACCCACACCGGCCUUCCCUGCGCUGCAGUACCUCGAGUCUGUGGACGUGGAGGGGGUGGCCUGGAGGGCCGGGCUGCGCACUGGAGACUUCCUCAUCGAGGUGAACGGGGUGAAUGUGGUGAAGGUUGGACACAAGCAGGUGGUAGCUCUGAUCCGCCAGGGUGGAAACCGCCUGGUCAUGAAGGUCGUGUCUGUGACAAGGAAGCCAGAGGAGGAUGGGGCUCGGCGCAGAGCCCCACCGCCUCCCAAGAGGGCUCCCAGUACCACCCUGACCCUGCGCUCUAAGUCCAUGACGGCAGAACUGGAGGAACUUGCCUCCAUUCGGAGAAGAAAAGGGGAGAAGCUGGAUGAGAUCCUGGCAGCUGCUGUGGAGCCGACCCUGAGGCCAGACAUCGCGGAUGCCGACUCCAGGGCAGCCACUGUCAAGCAGCGGCCAACCAGCCGGAGGAUCACCCCUGCAGAGAUCAGUUCAUUGUUUGAGCGCCAGGGCCUCCCGGGCCCAGAAAAGCUGCCGGGCUCUCUGCGGAAGGGGAUUCCACGGACCAAGUCUGUAGGGGAAGAUGAGAAGCUGGCGUCGCUGCUGGAGGGGCGCUUCCCGCGGAGCUCGUCGAUGCAGGACUCUGGGCGCGAGGGCCACGCCACCGUGUUCCUGUCGGUGGGCGCCAUCGAGGGCAGCCCUCCCAGUGCCGACUUGCCGUCCCUGCAACCCUCCCGCUCCAUCGACGAGCGCCUUCUGGGCGCCGGCGCCACCCCAGGCCGCGACUUGCUGCUCCCUUCUCCUGUCUCCUCUCUGAAGCCAUUGGUCAGCGGCCCAAGCCUUGGGCCCUCGGGCUCCACCUUCAUCCACCCGCUCACCGGCAAGCCCUUGGACCCCAGCUCUCCGCUGGCCCUCGCACUGGCCGCCCGAGAACGGGCCCUUGCCUCACAGGUGCCCUCGCGGUCCCCCACGCCGGUCCACAGCCCUGACGCCGACCGUCCCGGACCCCUGUUUGUGGAUGUGCAGGCUCGGGACACAGAGCGAGGGGCCCUGGCCUCGCCAGCCUUCUCUCCGCGGAGCCCGGCGUGGAUUCCCGUGCCUGCUCGCAGGGAGGCAGAGAAGGCCCCCCGGGAGGAGCGAAAGUCACCAGAGGAUAAGAAGUCCAUGAUUCUCAGCGUCUUGGACACGUCCCUGCAGCGACCAGCGGGUCUUAUUGUUGUGCAUGCCACCAGCAACGGGCAGGAGCCUAGCAGGCUGGGAGCUGAAGAGGAGCGCCCGGGUACUCCGGAGCUGGCCCCAGCCCCCAUGCAGACGGCUGCUGUGGCAGAGCCCCUGCCCAGCCCGCGUGCACAGCCCCCUGGCGGUGCCCCAGCAGACUCUGGGCCAGGCCAGGGUAGCUCUGAGGAGGAGCCGGAGCUGGUGUUUGCUGUGAAUUUGCCCCCUGCCCAGCUGUCCUCCAGUGAUGAAGAGACCAGGGAGGAGCUGGCCCGCAUUGGUCUGGUCCCCCCCCCUGAAGAGUUUGCCAAUGGGAUCCUGCUGGCUACUCCACCCCCUGGCCCGGGCCCCUCGCCCACCACGGUGCCCAGCCCGGCCUCAGGGAAGCCCAGCAGCGAGCCACCCCCCGCCCCAGAGUCAGCCGCUGAUUCUGGGGUAGAGGAGGCUGACACUCGAAGCUCCAGUGACCCUCAUCUGGAGACCACAAGCACCAUUUCCACAGUGUCCAGCAUGUCCACCCUGAGCUCAGAGAGCGGGGAGCUCACUGACACCCACACCUCCUUCGCUGAUGGACACACUUUUCUACUCGAGAAGCCACCAGUGCCUCCCAAGCCCAAGCUCAAGUCCCCGCUGGGGAAGGGGCCGGUGACCUUCAGGGACCCGCUGCUGAAGCAGUCCUCGGACAGUGAGCUUAUGGCCCAGCAGCACCAUGCCGCCUCUGCCGGGCUGGCCUCUGCCGCCGGGCCUGCCCGCCCUCGCUACCUCUUCCAGAGAAGGUCCAAGCUAUGGGGGGACCCCGUGGAGAGUCGGGGGCUCCCUGGGCCUGAAGACGACAAACCAACUGUGAUCAGUGAGCUCAGCUCCCGCUUGCAGCAGCUGAACAAAGAUACACGCUCCCUGGGGGAGGAACCAGUUGGCGGCCUGGGUGGCCUGCUGGACCCUGCCAAGAAGUCACCCAUCGCAGCAGCUCGCUGCGCAGUGGUCCUGAGCGCCGGCUGUGUAAGUGAGCAUGCCCAUCCCAUGCCUCUCGCAGUCCAUGUGCUGUGCCUGGCUGCUUGGGUCUGCUUUGCAUGGCUGUGUGGGGUUUGGUGCCACCAAUGGCCCAUAGUAAGGGGUAGGAUGGGAGUAAGGGUCUGUGGGCACGGUUUCCUCUGGAGCAGUCUCUCCAGGCAGGCCUUGGGCAUGACCAGGUAGAGGUGGGCUGGGUUCUAGCAGGUGAGGCUGGGAAGUGAGGUGCCAUCUUCCUGUGCGCAUGCCUGUGUGUCUGCAUGUGUGCUGUCUCCCUGUCACUUCUGCUGCAUGCCUGCGACCCCUAUGGACACACUGCUGUUGUGCAUUGUCUGUAGGAAGCUGCCUUCACACUGUGAUGUGCAAUGCUCACCCCUGCACGUGCUCUUUCCCGUGUGGGUGUGCGAGUUGUCUGGUGUCUCUUGACACCGGAGACCUGCUAAGUCAUGUUACUCCUGGCCAUUUUCAUGGCCCAGCCUUCCUCCUGCCAGUCCCAGUCUCUGGGUCUUCUCCACAGCACAGAG